GCAACCAUAAAACCGCUACGUGAAGUAGAAAGUUAUUUGGAAGCUCCCAACCAUUUCCUCGUCGCGCAGCAUGAUAUUAAAAGGAGUAUUAAUUAGGACAAAAGAUAUUGAGUAUCAGAUCUACAUCUUCUCGAGAGCACAGGGAGAGAUUUCAUGAACAUACCUGCUACAAGUCACGACCUGAUCCAAAGGCACGUCGUCGGUCCCCUGAUCUUGAUAUGUAAAUACGUGAGGAUAUUUGAUAGACGAAAGAUCUAGAGCGCCAUGCUAAACUGGUUGACCAACAGGACUCAAGGUUGAGAGAAUCACAUAAUAGUACAGUACCUUUCCAAGAGUUUCUCACCUCUCAAAUUUCAAUUCAUACUGUCAUAAGUACAUCCAAAAGUUCUCAUGAAUUUAUCCCAACUUAGGGGCGAACAUACGCAAUGUCAGAUCACAAUUGAAAGGAACACGGUUCAGGAGGAUUGUAUGUUUAGUCGCGGCUUUUGAAAUUCGGCACGGUAUUUACCCUCAAUAUCUAAUUCUGGGUGACUGAAAAAGCCUAGCUAAAUAUGAGUAUACGGACUUCAUUUUCAACAUCUGCUGUGGAACAUGCGCCUGGUAUAACUAGUUCAUACCUCUAUUCCCCUGAUCUUGGCUCCUAAGAAAGAAGAUAGGUUCUGCAAUGCAGAGAUGAGGAUUGGUAAUGCGUAAGUUUGAUUGUCCUCAAAAGAACACCGACACGAGACUGAAAUUUCAGAAACAUAGGAACUAGCUUCUAGAAUUGUUCCAAAACGUUUCUCCAAAGGGCAACUUCAUGGAUUUGAUAUCUCCAACGAGCCUUCCCAGGAAAGGAAUAUCUUCGCUCUAACAUGACCUUUGGAAGUUUCGAUGCGUUUAUAAAGUUGCCUGACUGACCAUUUGAACGGCAGAUUUCAUAUUGUGCAUAUUCGUGCUUACACGAUUGUCGUAAAGGGAACAUCCGGGAGUUCUGCUAGAAAAUCUCAUUGCUAUGCAGAGAAAGCAAAUCUUAUAAAACCUCGGCGGAAUAGAGGAUUCAGCAGCUAAUCAUAAGUUUAGGAAUGGUAGAGCCGGGAAGAUAUUUGCAAUAGGAUGAAAUAGACUC